AGUACCUUUACAUGGCUUUCUGCCCGCUCUUGCCCCCCCAUGCUGUCCCCUGUUUCCCUCCUCUUCCAACAACAAAAUGCUGUUUCUUUCUAAUGGAGCCAUUGAAACUUAUGCCACUGCUUCGGGGUAUAAAAUAUCUGAAUCUCUUCUCUCUCAUUUUUUUUAGAUGUUUAUCUUAUUCCCUAUAUCGCGAUUUUAAGCAUUCCCCUUCUCCGUUUCCAUUAAAAUUUGGUUUCCUUCCACUUCCGUUGCAUUCCUUAUCCACCAUUCAUCAAUCCAGACAUUCGGUUCACUCUGCAUUGUUAAUUGCGAUCCUUCCAUCGGUUUAACCCCAUUAUAUUAGCAAUUUGCAAUUUUUGUUUUUCAAAAUUUGGGAUCUUUCCGGUGUACAAUCCUUUAUUUCUCCGCAAGAAAUUUUGCAACUUUUAAUAAAUGAUUGAUCUUCGGUUGAACUUUGAAAUGUCACAAUAACGUUUUAUUGAGGGCAGAGGGAGAGGAAAAUGAAGCUUCUAGUGCGAGUGAUUGAAGCGCGGAUCAUGCCGGGAAAUGACCAAAAUGGGCUCAGUGAUGCCUAUGUGAAAGUGCAGAUGGGGAAGCAGAAGUUCCGGACGAAGGUGGUGAAGAAAUGCGUGAACCCAUCAUGGUGUGAGGAAUUCGGGUUUCGGGUUGAAGAGUACAAGGAGGAAGAGCUGGUGGUUUCUGUUCUUGGAGAAGAUAAGUACUUCAAUGACGAUUUUGUGGGCCAGGUUAAGAUCAACAUUUCCCAGGUUCUUGAAGCUGAUGGGAAGUCCCUUGGAACUGCUUGGUACACUUUGCAUCCCAAGAAUAAAAAGGCUAAGAAUCGGGACUGUGGUAUAUAAGCUUCUUCUUCUUGUUCCUUGUAAUAAACGGCCAAAUUCUUCUCACGGUUUGUUUCUCUCAAAAUAAUUCGUUCGCCCCAGACAUGCAGGCCGGAGGUGAUCUUGUUCCCUUUCCAUCAAAGAAGCAUAGUGCGGAUGUUGCAGGAAAUGAAUGCGUUUCAAGGUCUUCCUUUGGCUCAUUCAAUUUCCCGUCCCCAACGAGGUUAGAAGAAGCCAGCUCAUUCAAAGAAGAAAAACCGAGUUCGCAGACCUUAGUUGGCCGGCUUUAUCAAAUGUUCAACAAGAACAGCGAUGAACUAGCUGCAGCUUCUGCAAAAUGUCCAGAUGUUUCUGAAAAUCUCUGUACAUUGGAUAAUAAGGAGGAGGGUUCACAAGAGGAGCAGUCUUCAUCAUCACUCAGCUUUGAAGAAAUGAUGAGAAGCAUGGAGAUGAGGGAACAAGAGAGUGAAAUUCCAAGUAAAUUGCCAGGAGUAGCAGUAGACCGAGUUUUUGCAAUCGCACCACGUGAGCUCAACUUAAUCCUCUUCUCUCCCGACUCAACCUUCCUCAAAUCGUUAAUAGACACCCAAGGAUCCACCGAGUUGUGUGUAGGUCCUUGGAAGUUCGACAAUGGUGGUCAGAGUUUAAAAAGAGUAGUCUCUUUCAUUAAGGCGGCGAGUAAAUUGGUCAAAGCUUUGAAAACUACUGAGGAGCAAACUUAUCUGAAAGCUGACGGGAAGACAUACGCAGUAUCUUGCACAGUUACCACUCCGGACGCGCCAUACGGGAACACGUUUAGGACAGAACUGCUCUACUGCAUAACCUCAGGCCCGGAUCUGCCUACUGGAGAAGAAUCUUCGAGGUUGAUGGUUUCAUGGCGGAUGAACUUCUUACAAAGCACUAUGAUGAAAGGUUUGAUUGAAAACGGAGCACGACAAGGGGUGAAGGAGAAUUUCGAGCAAUUCUCAAGCUUAUUGUCUCAGAGUGUCAAACCUGUUGAUGAGGGGGAGAAGCAGGUGGAAUUAGGAUCUCUUCAGCUGGAACCACAAUCGGACACGAAACUGGCAUUUCAGUAUUUUGCUAAUUUCACUGUGGUUUCUACGUUUGUCAUGGGAUUGUAUGUAAUUUUCCACAUCUUAAUUGCCAGCCCUAGCACAAUACAGGGAUUAGAGUUUAUUGGGCUUGAUUUGCCGGAUUCAAUUGGGGAGUUGAUUGUUUCUGGAGUGUUAGUAUUGCAGGGUACUCGUGCACUGAAGCUGGUUUCAGGAUUUAUGCAGGCAAGAGUUCAAAGAGCCAAAGGUGGUGAUCACGGAGUCAAAGCACAGGGAGAUGGUUGGCUAUUGACUGUUGCAUUGCUUGAAGGGAGUGAUCUGGUGGCAGUUGACUCGGGCGAUUGUUCUAAUCCAUAUGUGGUUUUUACUUGCAAUGGUAAAACUAGGGCGAGCUCAAUCAAGUUCCGAAGUUCAUAUCCUAAGUGGAAUGAAAUAUUUGAGUUUGAUGCAAUGGAGGAGCCGCCAUCUUUGCUGAAUGUUGAAGUUUUUGAUUUUGAUGGACCUUCCCAUGAAGCUACAUCUAUUGGACAUGCUGAAAUCAAUUUUGUUAAAACAAAAAUAUCAGAUCUGUCUGAUAUUUGGGUUACCCUUCAAGGCCAGUUUGCUCUAGCCUGCCAGUCUAAGUUGCAUUUGAGAAUUGUCUUGAAUAAUACAAAGGGUAGCAAUGUCGUCAAAGAUUAUUUGUCUAAGAUGGAGAAGGAAGUGGGAAAGAAGAUAAAAUUAAGGUCUCCCCAAACAAAUUCAGCAUUCCAAAAGCUUUUUCAUCUUCCACCAGAGGAGUUCCUUAUCAACGACUUCUCUUGUCAGUUGAAGCGUAAAAUGCCCCUUCAGGGUCGUCUCUUUCUCUCUGCAAGAAUAAUUGGAUUUCAUGCAGAUCUGUUUGGACAUAAGACAAAAUUUUUCUUUCAUUGGGAAGAUAUUGAAGACAUUCAAGUCAUUCCAAAGACUUUAGCAUCAAUUGGCAGCCCUAUUGUUAUCAUGACUCUAAAGUCAGGCAAAGGUUUUGAUGCCAAACAUGGUGCAAAGACUCAAGAUGUAGAGGGCAGGCUUAAGUUCCAUUUUCAGUCCUUCGUAUCCUUCAGUAUGGCUCUUAGACUGAUCAUGGCACUGUGGAAGGCAAGAGCUUUGAGCCCAGAGGAAAAGGCACGAAUUGUUGAAGAAGAAUCCAAGGCUAAGAAUCUCCAGAUAAGUGACGAGGACUCUAUGGACAAAAACUUACAUGUGGAUGAUGAGACUGAAGGGAAACACAUACAAAGUGAAGAGACUGAUUUAUCCACGGGAGAUGAUGAUCUCACUAUGUAUAUCGCUUAUUCCUCUGUUCUUUCUAUUCCUACAGAUUUUUUCAUGGAGUUGUUUAGCGGGAACGAACUGGACAGAAGAGUAAUGGAGAGAGCAGGGUGUCUAAACUAUUCCUACAGCCCAUGGGAAUCAGAGAAGACAGAUGUUUACCAAAGACAACUUUAUUACAAAAUUGAUAAAUGGAUAUCACGCUACAAAGCAGAGGUCACAAGCACUCAACAGAAAUCCCGCCUUCCUGAUAAAAAUGGUUGGCUCAUCGAAGAGGUCUUGACAUUUCAUGGGGUUCCACUGGGCGACUAUUUUAAUCUUCAUCACAGGUAUCAAGUUGAGGAUGUCUCAUCAGGAACAACAGGGUGCAAUGUGCAGGUAUACUUUAGGGUGCAAUGGUCAAAAUACAUUAAACAUCAGAAAAGAAUCACCAAGAACAUCACUUCCAAUCUUCAAGAGCGGUUGUUGAUCAUGUUUAGUGCACUUGAGAAGGAAUAUCUCUCGGAACAAUAAUUGGGCACGGUGAAACCACUAUUCAUCCACGACUACAACAACUGCCAGUGGGGUUUCUUAUCAACUGAAUCAUACUGCUUGUGAAGUGCCUUAGGUUGGCUUUCCAGAAACAGGCAUUCUCAGGGAGGAGUGCCUCUAUUCUCUCCCGACUGUGCAUCUCAGACGGGCGGUCCUCUAUUGAUGAGAUGGAAGUCUGAGUUGGAAAAAAUGCGGUCUAGGAUGGGAUCCAAAUAUAGGAUGGAAGAAACAUCAUGGCUGCCUUUUGGGAGAUGAAAAGAAGCCAAUUGAGCCACCACCUUUUUUUGCAUCUCAGCCUAACCUUUUUUAACACAUGCAUCACCAGUCGUUUGGCAGCAAUGGAUACAAAUAUGCCCUUAGAGUUUAUUUUCAGUAGAACUACAUAGCACACUAUUCGACUCAAGUUAUUAUAAAUAUAAAAGCAUUUCCUUCAACAGUUUCUAGAGAAAACUUCAUGUCCAGCC